UCUCUCCUCGGGUAACCUUACUCUCAAACAUAACUAUAUAUAAACCCCCUCUCUUCAAAAACACUCUUCAACAACACUCUUCUCAUCCUCCUCCUCAUCCUCCUCGCCACCACCUAUACCCACCAUAUUCAAACCAUGCCCGAACCUUCUCUUCCAUCCCCUGCCCACCCCGACGUCGACUCCAUGCUAACCCGUAAAUUCGGCCGCGAAGUAGCAAACUACUUUUCCGGCUCGCCCCUCAACCGCGUUUCCUUCCUCCGCGCAAACCAUGAGUUCAUCUCCAGCGCAUUCACGCAUCCCGCCACCAAUUUCCUCCUUCUCAAUAAUCUCGCUCCGCUGACUAAAGAUCCCAGUCACCUGGCCUAUUCCUCUCACUCCGACAUCACGGGAUUGACGGGACAGAACCCGUUUGAGAAAGAUGAAGAGACGAUGAUUAAAGAGUUUAAUUCUUCAAAGACAUUACCUUUAGUUCUCUUCCUGGGUUUGGAUGAGAGGAGUAAAGAGAAAGAAGGAUUUAAACAUGGGAUUUACAGCGGGAUUCCCUAUUUUGCAAUCGAUGUGACUCCAAAAGGAACAUACGAAAACGAAGCAAAUAGCGUGGUGAAAGCCAUGCAGGAAAAAGGGUUGGUGUUUCAAGAGGGGAGAAUGCUGAUGAGUCUAGACGCCCAGGAAGCUGCGAUUUUUGCCCAGGCACGAGCGCUUCUAGAUUGGAAUGCUAGGAAUCCUUUCUGUGGAGGGUGUGGACAACCUACACUUUCCAUCAACGCAGGCACCAAACGCGUGUGUCCCCCCACCGAUUUCGCCUCUCUCCCCACCGCCCAAGCAGGAACCAACUCCGCAACCCCCACCCAGAGGGCCUCCUGUGCAACCCGCAAAGGCGUCUCCAAUCUCUGUUUCCCACGUACUGACCCCACCGUCAUCAUGGCCGUCGUCAGCCACGACGGCAAGCGCAUUCUGCUGGGCCGCCAAAAACGCUGGCCGCAAUACUGGUACAGCGCGCUCGCCGGAUUCUGCGAGCCCGCUGAAUCGGUCGAGGAAGCCGUACGUCGCGAAGUCUGGGAGGAAUCGGGCGUGAAACUCGGUCGUGUCGUUAUUCAUAGCACGCAACCUUGGCCCUAUCCUGCGAAUUUGAUGAUUGGUGCCAUUGCCCAGGCGUUGCCGGAUGGAGAGAAGAUUCAUCUGGAGCAUGAUCCCGAAUUGGAAGAUGCGAAGUGGUUUGAGAUGGAGGAGAUUAGGGAGGCGUUGUUGAAUGGGACGAGUCCGUUGGGAGAACCGGCUAGCGAGGGGUAUAAGGAGGGCAAUUUGAGGUUACCAUCUGUCACGGCCAUUGCGACGCAGUUGAUCAAGGCGGUUGCGGAGGGAUUUUUGAGCGAGAGUCCUAAGAUUUAAGGGGAAAUGGGACGUUGUUGGUUGAUUACGUAGAAGUCAUGUGAGCUAGAUUCUGAAGAUAUAAGAAUUAGAAUACUUCCCACAUUGAUGGGAUUGUAGAUAGUCUAUGCUAUUUCGAUAGUAAGAUUACAGUUUGAUCGCUAGAUCACACAACACUUAACAAAUGUCAACGAGAUUGAAAAUCAAA